AUGUUCAACGAAACGAAAUCCUACACGCGACUGAUGAAGUUGUAUGGGCUGUACCGAUGGUUUAAGCUCGCGACGUGUGAGCUGACGUUGAACGCCCACCUGGUGACGCAAUGCAGCGAGGAAGAUGACGUCAUUAAAAAGGUCAACGACCUGCUCCAGAAACUCAACCAUCCAACCGAGAGCGGACGUUUGUAUUUCGGCUUGUCACUUCCGGAUGUCACGUCACGUUGUCAUGACGUCACCUCUGCUUCGGAUGUCACCAUCAACAGUGUCCCGGUCACCCUGGAAACAGGCGCCACCAUGGUAGAAGAAAACUGCGAAGAAAAUCAAAUUUUUGCGCCGAUUUAUCAAAAGUGUUUGGAGAUCACGUGUCCAGAAGGAAGUGAUCUCAUUGGUCAAGAGUGCACUGUUAUACCAAACUCUGAAGUGGAACGUGCGGCGACCCUCAUCGCGUGCGGCAUCUCCGUGUCGUGCCUGAUUGUCGUUCUCCUCGUCUACGGGCUGGUGCCAGACUUGAGAAACGUGCCAGGAAAAAUCGUCAUGUCCAUGUCGUCUGCCCUGCUGGUCGCACAAAUGAUGUUCCUGUUUUGCACCCACCCCCAGGGAUUAGCCUGUGAGAUCUACGCUGCUGUUCACCAUGCCGUAUGGCUGGCGUCGUUCUCCUGGCUGGCCGCCAUGUCGCUACAUCUUGCCUGUAUUCUACAUGUACAAUCCCAGCGUUGGUUUAACCCGUCAAGCUCCGCCAUUUUUUACGUCUUCUCCUCCCUCUGCUGGGGGCUGCCAUCUUUGAUCGCCGGAAGUUGUUUUACACUGGAUAAAACCGGAACAGUCCAAAUUAACUACGGUAUCAACGGCGUCUGCUGGAUAGGUAACUUUAAAUCAAUCAUCGCUGUUUUUAUCGUUCCGAUGUUUUUACUUCUAUCCAUCAACGCCAUUUGUGCUGUGUUCGUCAUCAAAGCGAUCAGAAAAAGUUCAAAUUUCAGACAGAAGAACUCACAACACAAGCGAGAGAAAACACAACUGGUGUUGUGUGUGAACCUGUCCCUUAUGAUGGGUCUCACCUGGGUGUUUUACUUUCUAGCGGUCGCCAUGAAUACAAGCUGCAUGUGGGUUGUCUUUAUACUGACCAACGGCUCCCAGGGGCUCUAUGUGUUCCUCUGCUACCUGGCCAGGAAGUCGGUCCUGGCUAAGCUCAUUGGAAUGUUGAGAAGGUUCAAACCCAUCCCACCUAACAUCACCGACGCUAUCGACUUGACCAGGUCAACCACGUUGUGGACGUUGCCAUUGACAGACCAAGUCCCACGCUUCAGCCCAAGGACCUACGUGUACACAGUCAAUCCAUGA